CGCCAUAUUGUCACUGUCGUUUUAUUUGUCAACACUCGUUACCAUCAAUAAAUGUCUUCUUUUCAGGUCUGAUUUUCAAAAUAGAGAAAUUCCGCCAAGGCGAGAAUAAGUCAGACAUGUCGUCGAAUGCAGUGGCCAAGUUGCCACCUAUUGCAAGUCCUCCAAACAAGCAAGGUAUGGGUAUUUCACCACGCAUAUUUCAAAAAUACCAGGGACUCACAGGACCUCAGUUUCAGAUUUCAUCAGAACAACACAGAUAUAAUCUACCUGAACCACAUGUUCUCAAGCCCUAUGUAGAUACUGUGUCUGGUGCUAUGGACACAUGGCCAGCACAUGCAUCAAACCAAUCUGCUGGCAGUGCAGUCAAUUCUAUGAUGAAUCCUUCACGUAGACCACGUUCUCAGGAAGCGCAACAAAGUAUGAUUCCUAAACCACAGUUUUUACAACAAUUGGAUGCAUUCCUUAAGAAGGAAUUGAGGGCACUGGAAAGUAGUGAAGUAGGACCAAGUGAAAUGAGACUACAGGCAUACAGAGAAGUAUUUGAAUAUUUAAUUGAAGAUUUUAAAACUUACAAACCAUUGUUAUCUGCUAUUAAAAAUGAAUAUGAAAUGAUGUUAUCUUAUCAACGAGAACAAAUACGAGAACUAGAACCACUAAGAUCAAUGCUUGUGACAGUGUCUGAGCAGUGUGAUCAGAAAAUAAUGGAUCUUAGAAAUCAGGAAAAGGAAGAAAUGGCAGAUUUGAAAAAAGAAAAUAGAAGAUUGAUAGAGAAGAUAGAUACGAUGAAGGAGGAGCAAAUGUCACUAACAGAACAGAUACAGCAGUUGCAAGAUGAGGUAGCCACUGAAUAUCAUAAAUACAGAGAUGAGUGUGAUGCCCGUAAAUUACUUGUCGCUGAUAUCAAUGACCUGAGAUAUCAACAAGAAGACUUUCAAAAGUCACAGAUGGGGAUGCAAGAAGCUGCUGAAGAUGAGAGCAAAGAUGACCCAGUAUUGCUGAAAAUUGCACUGAAACUCAAUGAAAUGAUUGCAAACUAUGGAGGAUGUAAUACCAAGAAGAGACUUGAAGCUUUAGAAAAAUCAUAUAAUAAUUUCCAGGAAGAGAUGCAAACAAUGCAGGAUGAUCAUAAGAAAUUGAUGAUGGAACAUGACACAUUGCUUGAAGUCCAUAAACAAGUGCUUGCACAAAGAGAUCAGUUUUAUCAAGAAUUAGAACAAUUGAAGAGAUCAGCCACUCCAAGGCCAUAUUGGGAGAAAUGUGUGAAUCACAUUGAAGGUGGUGAAGAUAGAUGGAAAAAGUUGUCAGAAGGUAAAACCAGUGAUGAGUUGGUAGAUGUACUGCUUUCAGAGAUAGUUGGUGGUGAUCUUGAUGGCAGUGGGGAUGAUUUUGAAGGACAAGGACUUGGAGAAGAGAUUCCUAAAUACUUGAGGCAUGAGGGGAAAGUAAAGAAUAGAAAACUUGGUAAAAGAGACACAGUAUUGCUGAUUAAAGAUAUAUGGAGAGAAAAGGUUACAUAUGAUGCAGAGAAAAAUGAGAACAAGAGAAGCAGAAUGUGUGAUUUCCUGUACGAUUAUAUAUUACGUCGCUUUGCAAUUGGAGAUGUAGUGGUGGAAUGGGGAUAUAAUUUACAGGAUGCUGCUAAGAGAUUUCAAGAAGAUGACCGAAUUGGAUUGUUCUAUGGUAUACUAAAUGAAGAGAUUGAUGAGGAAGUGUACCAUGAUCAAAUGCAGACGUUGGCUAAAUUAAUGCAAGUAUUGACAAAAGCUGAUGCUGACGCUGGCAAUACAGGUGCCUUGCCAAAGGAAAAGUUUGAGAGCAUUUUAAAAGGAUUCUUCCCUUUGAAAUCAGAAGAGCGAAUGAAUGUACUGAUCAAUUCAGCUAUCUCAGAGUUGAAAUUGGAAGAGGAUAGUAAUAUGAUUAAUUAUCAGGAUUUAUUUACGGAGGAUGAUGAAGGUAGAAAUGGACCCUUCAUUAGAAACAUUCGUGAGCAAGAACAAGAAGAAAGAAACGAAUAUAUUGAGGAUAUUAUCAAAGAGCUUGGUCGGACUGAAGGGGAAGUAACCAUGCCUCAAGUUCGCAUGGCUAUCAAUAUCAUAGAUCCAAUGGUUGAGAAGACUCCUUUGAUAUAUUACUUAUCUCGUGGAUUCAACACAGAGAAAGAUCAACUAGACUCCGCACAGCCCACUGAUAUUGAAAUUGUUAUGAACCGCUUUCGUACAGGUGCCAUUAAACGUGCUGGUGCGCCAGAUAUAAUGGGUGUUAAUUGAAUUGUUUUAUUUAUGAUACUUAUAUAUAGAGAAAUGAUACAGUGUAGAAAGUUUCUUGAACUUUUUUGCAAUUGUUCAGUUUUAUUGUUGUGUAUACAUUUCAUAUACAUGUAAUUAAAUUUUUAAUGAAUGAAUA